GAGCAAACUCUAUCGUGUUCAUCAUCCAUGGAGAAUGCGGGGAGUCUUUCGGCUUACCGAAGGAGCGACUGCUUUAUUUGCCCCCCUAGUCAUUCUCCACAGUCCAACGUAGUUUUCUCUCCGCUCUUCAUCUCAUAAUGGCGAAUUCGCCUAUUCACGAUGCGGUCAUGCCGCCGUCUCUAUGCCUUGCAGAUAACUCGCCAGAAUCCAGAUCAAGCGAGGACAUGGGGCUGUCUUCUCCAGCAUCUUGCCUAUCCAACUAUUUCAUUGGCAGCCCGCGUGGAUUUACCUCCCCAUUAAGAAGUCGACGGGAAGCUUUUCUCUUAAUUAAUUACCUCCAAGAUCUUUCACCAAGAAUUGAUAUCUGUGAUCCGUCGAAGCGCUUUGGUCGCGAAGUGCCGAAGAGGGCUCGCCAACUGCCGCUCCUAGGAUACUCCAUCCUAGCUUUCUCAUCACGUCAUCUAGUAAUGGUCACUGGUAUUGACGACGAAAGUAGCGAAGAGUAUCAUAGCUAUGCUCUACGCAUUUUGAUCCCCAUCCUUGAUGAUCCGAUGUCAUCUUUAGAUGAAAAUCUUCUGGCAGCAGCUGUCCUAUUACGAUUGUACGAGGAGAUGUGUGAUGUCGACACUGGAACCCAUCUUGUUGGAUGCGCACGACUCUGGAAUAACAUCCCUGACUUCAUAGCCCAAGGCGGUUUAAGUGAAGCGGCCAGCUGGAUAAUGCUUCGACAAAAUUUACACAUUUCUCUCAUUAGAGGCGAGCCGAUGCAAGUAGAUCUGAACAAAUAUAGACGCUCCAGAUCAUUUGUAGACACGACUGAUGAGGACUUUGCCAAUCGGAUUAUUCUUCUUUGCUGUCAGGUAUUGGCCACCUGUUUUAGCCCGGGUGCACAGCCCGACUACGAAACGUGGGCGCAUCUUGGUAAGGAGGUUGCGAGCUGGCAUGAUUCUAUACCGGCGCACUAUUCUCCUUAUCAUCAUUCUGAUGUCAAGAGUACUUCUACUGGGGUCAAAUCGGCUUUUCCUAUUGUGUGGAUGAUGAAUCCCGCUCAAGUAAUGGGAUAUCAACACUAUUGUCUGGCUCGCAUUCUGCUGCACAUCUCAGAGCCCAGACUAUGGGUGUCUAGUUUAAGAACUAUCGAGCAUCGGGUAGCCGCAGAUAAAGCGGCCAUGAAGGACCUCCAUAUCGCUAUCGGUCUUGGCAUCCAUAACCCUUCGGUAGUUGGUGCUGGGUUCACCGUACAUCAUCUACUUUUUACUUGUGGGUGUUUGUUGACCAAUCCUGUAGAACAACAGGAGGUGCUUCGUUUUAUAGAUAGCUUUGGCAGGAAUAUUGGAUGGCCAGUACAUAGAUUAAAAGAUAGAUUAAAUACGAUAUGGAAUUAAAGAAUUGAAAAUGC